UCCAGCUUUGAAAAAUAAAGUGUUAUGCAUGUUCCUGCGUGGAAAAUUGAUUUGACAGGAUUCGUGCAGCGGCUGUGGCACAACCGUUAAGGAUCGGAGACCGAAACGACAUGUGAAAUCCUAGUGGCCCCACAGAUCCUGGCAAAACGCCUUCCUGUUAAAGAUCGAUCCGUUACGGAAUAGUGUGCACUUUGCUCAAGCCAACUCCUACAAUUCUGGUAAAGCGAUCUUGUAGAUCGAAGCUUGGUGGCGUUUGUGAAUGCCAGAGCAACGCAGCACACCGCAACAUAUUCGUCUUUUAAAACGUAGGCGCUCAUCCUUCACGAGUCUACAGCAAUUUCCGUCUGUGGAAAAUGGCCGACGUAAAAUCACCUGACAAUGUGGAGCAACCGCUCGCCAGUGCUCCUCAGACAGCCGUCGAAGAAAUCGACACUUCGGUAUCAUCGUCCAAACCCGAAGAUGCAAACGAACAAACAACAGAGUCUCGAACAUGGAGAUUUUGGCUAGUUUUCGUCUCGCUAUGCCUCGCUCUCCUUAUUGUUUCCCUCGACAUCACCAUCAUGAGCGUAGCGCUUCCGACAAUCGCGAAGGCGGUUCCUGGCGCCGACGAACAAUACGUUUGGAUCUCCAGCUCUUUUCUCCUCGCCUCAACGGUUGUUCAACCCUUCAUCGGCCAGUUGGCCAACAUCUUCGGCAGACGUUGGCCCAUGCUCAUCUCUGUCGCUCUGUUCAUCGUCGGUAGCGCCAUCAUCGGAAGUGCCAACAAUGUCAACCAAAUAAUCGGCGGGCGGACAGUACAAGGUCUUGGAGGUGGAGGGCAAUUCGUCCUCGUGGAGAUCAUCGCGUGCGAUAUGGUUCCUCUACGGGAGCGUGGGAAAUACCUAGGCAUGGUUCUCUCAGCCGGCGCCGUGGGCUCAACCCUUGGCCCCAUCAUCGGCGGCGUCAUUGCCCAAAAUAACUGGCGAUGGAUCUUCUACAUGAAUCUCCCAAUUGGCGGUGUUUGUCUGGUGACGCAAACCUUCUUCCUCCGCCUCAACUACAGGAAGCAAUCCAGCUGGCUGCAUGCUCUUGGCAAAAUCGACUACAUCGGAGGCUUUCUGUUUAUUGCAUCGAUGAGCGCUAUCCUUCUCGGUUUGACCAUGGGCGGCACCGUAUAUCUGUGGUCGAGAUACAACAUCAUCGUGCCCCUAGUUCUGGGUUUCGUGGGCUGGAUCGCUUUCCACAUUUACGAGGCCACGCCAUUCUGCAAAGAGCCCAGCGUACCGCCGCAUCUUUUUGCGAAUCGUACUUCUCUCAUCGGAUUCUUUCUCGGCUUCGAUGCGGCUCUCCUACUCAUGUGGGCCUGCGUCUUUUUACCCGUAUACUACCAGGGUGUGCUGGAGACUAGCCCACUACGCGCCGGCGUUUACCUUCUGCCCUUCAUGCUGUUCAAUGUACCAUCAGGUAUGGUAGCCGGGGGUCUUAUGGCCAAGUUAGGGCAGUAUAAGCCUUUCCACCACGUGGGCUUUGCACUGUCGGCUAUCGGCUUUGGACUUUUCACCCUUCUGGGACCGUCAUCAAGCAAAGCAGCGUGGGCGUGUUUCGAGAUCAUCGCCUCGAUCGGCCUGGGCAUCUUGAUGAUCACCGUUUUGCCAGGCAUCCAGGCCAACCUCAGUGAUGCGGAUAACGCGUCCUCGGCUGCCUUGUUCUCCUUCAUGAGGAGCUUUGGGUUCAUGUGGGGUAUUGCUAUUCCGGCUAUCAUCUUCAAUAACGAAACGAAUGGGUUGUUGCAUCUUGUCAGAGACCCGCAAACGGCAGCCGCGCUGGCAGGAGGAAAGGCGUACUCGCUUGUCACUGGCGGCUUCGUACAAUCACUAGCUCCGGAGACGAGGAGAGAGGUCAUUCACGUGCUGACGGAGGGCUUGAAGCCGGUAUGGUAUGGUGGGGUGGCAUUCAGCAUUCUUGGUUUCCUGCUAUCAUUUCUCGAGAAGCAUGUCCCUAUGCGGACGCAGUUGAAUACGGAAUAUGGACUGGAGGAAGAGAAGAAGCAGAAGGACCCAGAAUCAUGACGGAUCGAUCAGGGCAAAAUGUAGCGGGAGUGGAAGUAAACAUAUCGAAGUUGGAAUUUAGUUGAUAUGGUUUGCGUAGCAUUGCAUAGGACUAGCAACUAG